UCACACACAGCUCGUGACAAACAGCAAAUAGCCUAUUGUAACUGCAAAACCUUUUUGACUUGGGUGUCUUUAAAAAGUGCUGCAGUUUUUUUAAUUUAAAGAAAGCAUCACAGGCUAAUCACAGCAUGCCUGAUCUAACUGUAGCCUGAUCCUAUGCUUGCUAAAGCUGUCAGCUUUUAAAAAAGCAGAGCCGAACAGAACAACAAUACAUGUAAGUUGAGGACAUGUGUGAUGCAGAAGUAAAAAAUGGCUCCAAGCCAAUAAAACUAAUUGCUGCAGCUUGUAGAAAUAUGGGAAUUGGAAAGAAUGGAACCUUACCAUGGAAUCUACCGAAUGAAUUCAAAUAUUUUUUAGACAAGAUAACUACAGUAACACAACCAGGUAAAAAAAACUUACUAGUGUUGGGUCGAAUUUCAUAUGAUGGAUUGGAUGAGAAGUUGUUACCACUUCCAAAUACUAUCAUUGCGGUUGUGAGUAGAUCACUAAGUGUGUUGCCAAAAUAUGCAAGUUAUAUAUGCCAGAAUGAAGAGGAAAUGGUAAAACUAGCCUCAACUUCACCACUGAGUGAGGAAAUUGAAACCAUUUGGAUUCUAGGAGGUGUAGAAUGCUACAGAACAAUGAUGCUGCAUCCUUGGUGUGAGCACAUCUACUUAACUAAUAUUAUGGCUGAGUUUGAAUGUGACACCUUUUUCCCUGAAUUUGACCGAAAUGUUUUUAAAUUACAAGAAAAGUAUCCUGGAGUUCCUUCAGAAGUUCAGGAAGAAAAUGGGAUACAAUAUGUAUUUCAAGUUUAUCAGAGAUCUACAGUAGAUGAUUAAAGUUAAUUACAUCUAGUCCAGCAUUUUAUAUCUCUAUAAUGGUUUUUCUGAAACAGAUUAUUUUGUACUUGUAUUGAUGAUAAAAUAAAAUUUAUUUGAUACAAAAUUUCUCAUAUGACUUUCUUAAGAGAGACACUUAAAUUUGUAUUAAUAUUUAUCAGCCAAACUGUUUUUUUAAAGGGACAUUAAACCCUAAUUUUUUUCUUUUAUGAUUCAGAUAGAACAUACAGCUUUCCAAUUUACUUCAAUUAUCACAUUUUCUUUGUUUUUUGUUAUCCUUUGUUAAAAAGCAGGAAAGGAUGUCCAGGCGUGUGCACAUGUCUGCAGUACUAUAGGGCAGCAGUUUUGCAACAAUGUUAUACAUUUGCUACAGCAAUAGAUGCCAACACUAUUUCCUGUCAUUCAGUGCUACAGACAUGUAAACACUACCUAUCUAGAUAUCUCUUCAACAAAGAAUAACACGAGAACGACACAAAUUUGAUAAUAGAAGUAAAUUGGAAACUUUUUUAAUUGUAUUUUCUAGCUAAAUCAUGAAAGACAAAUGUUGGGUUUCAUGUGCCUUUAAGAAAGGAUACCAAGAGAACCAAAGGGACAUGAAACCCAAAAUUUGUCGACAUCGCUCUCGAGCAACCUAUACUUUUAAUAAAUAUAGCAAACUUGCUAAAUAGUACUGAUAUUACAAGUCGAAAGUUAUAGGUUGCGCACAAGCAAAAGUAGAAACUGUGCUACAAUAUUUAGUGCGACUUGAGACCUGAAGUAACAUGUAAGGGUUAAACAAAACAUUCUCAAAACAAAUUAAAAUAAACUAUUACACUGAUAUAUACACUUUUUAUUAAAAAAAUAUCAUUUUAACAUUGAUUAAAAGGUUUUAAAAAGGGAUAUGGUGUGGUAUUUGACUGGAAAAGGCUCCAAUGUAUGUGUGUGUGUGUGUAUAUAUAUAUAUAUAUAUAUAUAUAUAUUUAUAUAUAUAUAUAUAUAUGCAUUCACUCCAAGAUACGGCGCACAUAAUCACUGAGUUGUGCACCAUUUCUUGGGCCACCAGCAGUACUGCCAGCUGUCUGUUUUUCUUUGGAGAGCUUCCCCUUCACGUUCUUUGGAAGCAAUUCUUUGUGCAGAAACCUCCUGGCUUAUUUUGUCCAAGAGCUCCUUUUUGCACACACCAGAGGUUUGGCUGGUCCGUUUUCCAGUUAUGGACCAGAUUAGAUAAGAGGCAUGCUACUUAGCUCUUUCACUCAUGCGCAAACACUGCUGGAAGUAAACUUUUAACUUGCGCAAGUUAGCACGCGUAUUACAAAUUGCAAGUAAAUAGUUUGCGCACUUGCGAAACCUAACGUGGUUUAACUUUAGGACUCCGCAAACACAUUAGCUUCUCCCCAUAGACUUCAAUAGAGCCGAAGGUAAUUAUGAAUAUUUAAUAUUCCUAUGUUCUUCAAAUAGAAGGAAAUGUGAAGAACACUAGAAUGUUAAAUAUUUACAGUAAAUACACAGUAAAACACAUUAUAAAAUAUUCAAAUUAAUUAAAAAAUUUUUUUUCAAGUUUUAUGUUAUUUAACUGGGAAGGGCUCCAAAGUGUAUGCUACCCUUCCACAAAGACCAUUACUGAUCCAGCUUCUUCAGACUGUAGAAGGGUCAGCUUGGCAUCCCAAUGAAGCUGCCAGAUGCUGAGCCAGGUACUGGUCUUAUUCCGGUCCCUCAAAGAAGAAACUCUGAGAAACUUCUCAUCAGAUUCUGAAAGUUUUCUUGGCCUUCCAGUCCUUUUUUGUGCUUGACCUCUCCUGAUUCUUCAAAUUUCUUUAUAACAGCUUGAAUGCCACAACUUGACUGAUUUCCGUUUGAGAGUGGCCUUGCUGAGGCAAAAGUAUGAUUUUAUGUCUGUCAAAUUCUGUGAUUUUUGGCAUUUUGAAUGGAAUGAUGUGAUUGAAAGUUGGUCUUAUUAGCAAGUUUCCAAUGAAUUCAACUCAUACCACAUGUGUAUGUAAUGCUCAAGCAUGUCUUGUACAAACCUGGUGUAAUAGACCUUUUUCACAGCAGUCAUUUUGACAUGAAACAGUAGGAAAUAACAAAUACAGGUGUUAGCAAUGACAUUAAUUAGAGUUCCAUUUAGGUUUACGAAAGCCAGGUGCCUUCUCUUGCUCAAGUGUAAGGGAAGGUCACACUAAAUACUUGCCAUUUUAGCCUAUAGAAGCAUUUUUUUAAAAAAAAAUCUGAUUUUAAUACUGCAUACAAAUAUCCUGUAUUUUCUGGUUGUAUUCUAAUAAAGAGACUGAGAAAUAAUUAUAUAUGGUCAUUACACCAUUGCUAAAACAACAAAUCUAAUGGUGGCCUAAGACUUUUGCACAGUACUGUAUACAUUCACAUGCUCAUAUUUAGACACACAUAGGCCUCGCUUCCAUUGAGUCGUUAAAAAUGGAGCCGUAAGCUACCGAAGCGGCUGACAGCUAAAAGUAAUUUACGGCUACAUUUUAGUACCAGGUUUCCAUUUAAAUAUUUUGCGGAUAGCGUGCAGUCGCUCUUUUCGUGUAGCUGUAAGUUAACUUUGUGUUAACGCUUCCAUCUGAUGUUGGAUUUCUUGAAAAUCAAUUAGUUGCUAAGGUAACUGUUAGGGGUAAUAUGAACCUGAUGGCAGCCAUCUUGUUCUUCGCAGCCAUCUUGUUCCUCGCAGCCAUUUUGUAAUGAAUAGACUUUAUUAUACUGGGGUAUUAUGCAGUGAGAAUUAUAUGCAUGUUAUGAGUUUCUUUAGCUAUUCGGCCUUGCCAAUGUACCCUGGCCUAAUGCCUAGAAGUAAGAUAGAAUAAGAUAAUGUAAACAAGAGGCUUUAGACACUCGGUUGUCUCUGCAGAUGGUAGUUUGUUAUGACUCUGUAAAUAUUGUUAUGAGAAACUCAUGUUCCAGUUUUUCCUUGUAAAUUGCUCUGUAUAACUGUGUAAGAUGACGCGGUCCUAGCGUGUCAUCCCCUUAACCCUGUAUGUCACUAUAAGAAAGGCUUGCACUGUGCAAUAAACAGAAUUGGCUUUCGAUCAUAAUGCUGCGUGGUCUGAGUCAUUCUAAGGGGCCCUUAUCAGGUAAUCUACAUAUGCCUCAGGUGGUACACUAGGCCCCAGGCUUUGGCCUGGACUGACACUUACCCCCUGAAGGGGACACCUAACAGUUUUGGCGUCAGGACAGUGGGAUUCGCAGUGAGUAACUAUGAGUGCUUUUACCAUGCUUUCUUUCUGUGAAUUUGAACCUAAAUUUAGUCUGGUAAUAGGUGUUGAUAAUAUAUGAUAUAAGGUUAAAGGGGUUCCUGUGGUUGAAGCACAGGUUUGCGGAGGUUAAAGUCCUGCCGGCAGUUGUGAUACCCCUCCAGACAGGUAAUCAGUCCUGUGCUGGGACACGACAGGUAUUGUGAGUCCUGUCGGUGAUAAGCGCGCAAGUAAUAUAUGUAUGCCAGUCGACGCGAGGUUCUUUUAAGAUAAGGUCCCCCGGGCAACUUGGCAGUGAAGUGAGUAAGUCUCACGUGUGUUGAAGUUUCCCAUAUUCAUUCCCAUAAUAGAGUUUUGUUACCCACCUGAGGCUCAUGUUGAUAUCUGAUGCUUGCUUUUGCUGCUAUAUAAAAUGAUGCUGUGCUUAGAAAAUAUUAAGUGGCUGUGCAUGUUAUUGUGGUUAUUAUUGUGUUGAGAAUUGGGAACUGCUUAUAGAUAAGAAUGCACAGAGAAAAUUACAUGUAUAAGGUAAAAGAAAAGAAGAGUUAAUAGUUUCUGCAAAAGACAGAAAUAUUUUUUUAAAAACACGGUCAGUAAGUACUGCUGUUUGAUAAAUAGAGAAAUCUCUGUGUUAAAGAAUGUAGCAGGCAAAGAAGGGGGGCCACCACUGAGCGCGCACAUAGCUCAGAAAAAAAAAAAAAAAAAGAGAGAAAAGAAAUCCUGUCUCCGUUUGUAAGAUUUUUUUUGUUUGCUUGCAGUAACAAAACUGAAAUUGUAUAUUGAGAUGCAUAAUGUGUGAUGGUCUGUAGGUUCUCACUGUGGUAUGCGUGUAACAGAUUUACUUUGGACCAGGAACAGAAUGUAUUAUUUGAAAAUGAUUGUCUCAAACCCUGCAAAAGUGGCCAUUUUGUGGGGUUUCGGAAAAAAAGAAAAAAUGCAUUGUGGAAAUGGUGAAAAGUUAAUCUAGUGUUUUUUAUAUAUAUAUAUGUAUGUCGUACGCUAGAAAAUAGAUGCUUUUCUGAGAAAGGAAAAAAGGGAGUGAAUCUCUGGUAUGCGAGAUGGAAUGAACUUGUGUGUCUGUAUCGCAUAUGCAGUUUUAGUUUUAAGUGAUAAUUGUGUGGCGGCAUGUCUAAAAGGGCGUCCGUUUUUGUUGCAAGUAAAUUAAUCUGCAGGUCAUGCUACAGUACAGAGGUGAAAUUGGUGUGGUAAAUCAUACAAGCAGCCUAGAUUGUGGUUAGGAUAUACAUAUGUAAUUUGCGUGAUGAAUGGUUAGUCCUUAAAGGGACAGUUCACUGUAACAAGGUGUUGCUAUUAAUGUAUUGUCCAUGACUUGUUACACAAGCGGCAUAUUAUCUUAUAUUUGUCUGGAAAAUCAGAGCUCAGUGCGUAGACGGAGCAAUAGAAAAUUGUCAUUUUCUUAUUUAAAGAACCAGUGCAAUAACCCUGUAUUAGUAUUUUGCUAAAUAUAUUUUUAGAGACCUUUCUUUGUAUAUAUUUAUUUUAAAUUUGCUGGUCAGAUAGCAGAUAUUUUUUUUUGAGCAUAACUUAAUUCUCUCUGUAAUGCAAACUGAAGUGAUAAGUUGUCUACAAUUUUAGUGUAGGGAUCCGUGAGACUAGAGGACAGAAAAGAAAAAAAAAAAAACCCAGAAAAAACAGGAGAGAAAAUAUUUAAAGGGAUACAGGAAAACUGGUAUAACAUCUGAGAAUUUAAGGGAAUAUUUACAUAAAAGACGAUGAGGUUUACUGUAAGCCUAACACUAGUAUAUUUCACUGUGUUAGCAGUUUCAAUUAAAGAUUAUUUUUGCGUAUGGUUAAAAUGUCCCUUUAAUUAGCCUGCAUCCCACUGUGAGUGCGUUCUUAUGCUGUUUUAUGCUUGUUUAGGCUAUUUAAUGAACGUCAGUAUACAUUUUUUUUAUUAUAAGGAUCAUUGGGAUUAAUUUAAAGGGGAAAUUGUAUUAGUAUUUCUUUUUCAGAAAGCUUAUUUUUUUUUGUGUUAUAUGCGGUUGUUAUAUUUGGCUGGAGAGCUGCAGAAUGGGGAAUAUCAAAUUAUAUACAACGUUAAAUCUAAUAAUUUUGUUGUGGUUAAACUAAUUAGCUUUUAUCACGUUUUAGUGUGAAUUUUAUAUUUUUAAGCAGUAAACAGUGUUUCUCCUUUAAGUAGAAAUGAAACUUUGAGCUUGCCUCACUAUCCUUGAGAAGAAUGAUAACACUGUGCAUGUUUUGGUUUUUUUUGGCUUUGUUACAGAGAGAACAAUUUGCACUGUACAUUUAAAGCGGCAGUACUGGUGUUCUAUGUUAUAAAAAACGAUAACUAUAAAUUGCUCACUACAAAGAAACAAGUAUUUAUAUUAUAUUCUGCCAUAGAAUAUAGCUUAAAAAAUGAUAAUUUUAUUUCUGUGGCUGUCAAACUGUAUCUCACAGAUAUAACUCUUUGUUAUUUAAAAUAACCCCCACUGCGUUCAAUAAAUAAAUGAGAUAUUAUUUAAUGAAGUGAUUUCAGUGACACUUUAAAAAUAUAUAUAGUUAUUUGGUUAUUAACUAGUCUACCACUAUUAUUGCAAUGACUUUGAUUGCUGCUUAACAGCUAAGCCGUGGUCUAUAAGGUGUCUACAAAUAAACACCCCUAAAACAAAUGAUGCACAGUUUAUCUGAUUCUACUGCAUUUAUAUAACUAGCUAAUUUAUCUGUUCACAGUUUUGGUUUUAUUUAUAUGGCUUACGUGUAUUCUGUCUCUUGGUGUUGUAAUGAGAUUUAUACAGCCUGUGAUAAGAGGCAGUCCUCAAAGGUUUAAAAAAAAAUUAGCAUAUAAGCCUACCUAUGUUUGGUUUAAUCUAGGAAGGUUGGUUAAAAUUAAAAGUCCUAUCUGAAUAAUUAAUUUUCAUUUAUCCUAGAAUGUCCCUUUAACAGUGGCUACUGUGGUUAUCUGAUCUUUCCCAAAUAAGCGCAAUUUUAUUUGUGCAAUCUGCAACUUAAGUUUCUUGGGCAUCUGCUGUGAUUGCUUUCUUUGUGUGAUAUUAAAGUUUUGUACAUAGUGGAUGUUUUUAAUUGUUUGUCAUGUUCUGAGUGUGUUGCAUUUCAGCAAAUGUCAGAAUAUGUGUUGCAUUCUAAGUUAAUUGUAGUUGUUUGAAAUUUGUGUCAGCAGCUAAUGUUUCGUUUUGUGUAAGACAAGAACGAUUGGUUUUCAUUGUUUGUUAUGUUUUUCUCUUUUGUGGACAGCAUAUUGAAUUGUGAAGUGUAUUUCAUUUUGCUUGCUAUUGAGAAUUGUCUCUGCAUGAGUGGAGUGCAUGAUUUAUCGUUUAGUUUCUUGUUAUCUUGUGUUUGCGUGUCACAUGAGAUGUUUCACGCAAACAUGGGGGAAGUAUUGAUGAGUAUUGAUGAAUAUCGUUAUGUAAUGGGGGUGAUUGCUUUUAGGAGGUGAACCUACAACGUUUUGAAUCUCCUCGUACAAUGUUAUUGUGUUAAUUUCAGAUGCCUAAAAUGUCUUAUUUUUCUAUUUUGUUCUUAACAUAUUUGUAUUUGCAGGAUGAGAGUAUGCUGUCUUCAGAGAUUGAAACACACUAACUGAAUUAUUUUUGAGUUUCCAUAUUUAGGUAAAAUCUGUACAGGCAAAAUUCCAUAAGUGCACUCUUCAAAAGAUUAAAGAUUGAAAGCAAGUAAACCUUUAAAGAAAGAAAAGAUAAAGAUGAAAUACCUUUUGUCAAGCUUGUUUUAACCAUCAUACUGCAGUAAAAAAAAGUUACUGAAUUAUCUUUGGAUCCAUUCUUUGCUUUGCAUGCUGGUACCAGCCCCAGAACUGGACUCUGGGUAAUCCAUGACUGUUUUCUCUGAUGUGUGUCUUCAGGACAUAAAGACUAUCCUUCUCUGGACUGUGCCUUACCGCUCGAUAUGGAAGUCCUGUUAUGCUGUUACAGGAUCAACCAAUUAAAUUAGGGGAGUAUUGUUUUAACCCUAUUCCUUAUAUUGCUUGUUUUGUAUUCUCUUGUAUUUGUUUUAUUUUUAUUGAUCAUAUUUGGUCUAAGAAAUCAUAUGUUUCAUUGGUAUUAGUGCACAUGGUAGUUUAUGUGCGUAACAAAGUAACCCUUUAGAUAAGUGUAACUGUGAACUUCGCAGUAUUGUACUCUAUUGAAUGGCCCACUGAGUAUGGAAAAUAGGUUCAAGGAAAAUGCUGCAACAUAGCAUAAUAUUUUAGACCCUUCACCCUUUAGAACAUAAGGAGGACACGUCUAAGCUAGAAGUUUAUAGUAAAUAUACAGAGAAAUGUUUGUUCAGGGAAUAGCAUAAUUAUAGUUUAUGAAAGCAAAUGUAUUUUUCCCUUUUAUUAAUUAGUAUGGUAUCUGCAAAGUGAAUUUGGUCAUUCCUGAUGUUUGUCAAAGAGAGGAAUUCUUACCAUAAAGAUGUGUUUACCUUUAAAAGAGCUUGUAGUUUUAAAUGAUGUUCUGUUUGUAUGCUUUCCUCAUAUAGGAGUGUGAGAGAAUUUAGGUUGGAGAAUUAUAAGCAUUAUAGAUAGCAGCCAUCCAGAAUAAAGCAACACAAGGUUCUUUUAUUUUUUAGAAGUUCAAAGUGAUAUAGAGAAGUUGUAAAUUAUUCUCUGAGAAAUGUCAAUGUAUUUAGGUUGUAUUAUAUAUCAACAAUGUUUUGUUUGAUUUUAAAUGACAUAGGAUGAAAGUGACGUUUUAUUUGGACAUAAUUGUGAUUGUAUUGCGGUGUGUACUCAUCCUGUACUGUUUCUGUUUGCUUCCUAGACUCCCUGUGACUCGAGUGUCUGCUUGCCAUGGGUAUCCACUGGUUGCCUUGUCUACCCCAUGAACAAACCAUCAGAGUUCCAGUAUCUCCCUGCGGAAGAACCGUGGAUAAGCACCCCUACUGCAAAUGAACUGUUGGAGAACUGUAUUAUAGCAAAGUGUCAAGGUGCAGCGCUCUCAAAUGGACAAAGACUGUUCUUAAAGUGAUCAGAGGCCACCUAGAGACAGUUGUGCUGUUGCUAUGUCAUGCUUUACUGUGGAAAAGGAACUGUUGGACAUAUUGGGGGGUGCUAGCAAUGCAGGUGGAGAGAUAGAAGAUGCAGCGUUGUUUGGGGGUAGAUGGGGGCUGGUUGGGUCUCUGUGCUGGUAGACCGGUAGUUCUGGGAAGGCUGGAGGAUAGAUGGAAGGUAUUGGAGGGACUGUACCUAUAUGCAGUGACAAUUAGCCUAUAAAAGUAUAUCACGACAUGCGAAUAUUUUUCUCUUUAGUAUUCUUAUAGAGUUCUGUUACCAUAAUAUAAGGCUUUACUAAUUUUCUAUGCCUGUCUAUUUUUAUGUUAUUCUGUUAGAAUAAAAGGAUGGUAUGUUAGGGGUAAUAUGAACCUGAUGGCAGCCAUCUUGUUCUUCGCAGCCAUCUUGUUCCUCGCAGCCAUUUUGUAAUGAAUAGACUUUAUUAUACUGGGGUAUUAUGCAGUGAGAAUUAUAUGCAUGUUAUGAGUUUCUUUAGCUAUUCGGCCUUGCCAAUGUACCCUGGCCUAAUGCCUAGAAGUAAGAUAGAAUAAGAUAAUGUAAACAAGAGGCUUUAGACACUCGGUUGUCUCUGCAGAUGGUAGUUUGUUAUGACUCUGUAAAUAUUGUUAUGAGAAACUCAUGUUCCAGUUUUUCCUUGUAAAUUGCUCUGUAUAACUGUGUAAGAUGACGCGGUCCUAGCGUGUCAUCCCCUUAACCCUGUAUGUCACUAUAAGAAAGGCUUGCACUGUGCAAUAAACAGAAUUGGCUUUCGAUCAUAA